AUGAAUUCGUUUUCAUCGUAUCAUUCAUCAUCGUCAUCCGAUAAAUUCUUCAAACGUUUUCGUUUCUGGAAACGUCAAUAUCUUCACAUUGUUAUAUACACAUCGUUAUUUUGGAUAUUUGUUGAUGUUUUUUUUAUAAUGUUAUUUUCUGAUUGUACAAAACAAAUUAUUGUGCCAUGUUCAUCAUCCAUAGAAAAAGAAAACAAUCCGAAUAAUAAUAUUAAAUCAGUAGACGACGAUCUCAUACGACAUCCAAAAUUUAAUCUAAAUAAAAUUAGAGAAAAAAAUCAAACACUAUUUUAUGGCAACAACAUAAUUAAUAAAAAGAAGCUUGCAGAGUCAAAGAAAACUGAUGGUGGUUUUAUUGCUAAAUGGUUUGGAUCUGAUUCAGGAACGAACCCAUCAAGUUGGCCGGGUGAAGGUGGUCGGGGUGUUGCCAUUCCAAAUAAUUUAAAAGAUGCAGCUAAAAAGCGUUUCACAGAAAAUCAAUUUAACAUUGUUGCAUCUGAUCUUAUGGCUCUCAAUCGAUCGAUUCAUGAUCAAAGAUCAUCAAAAUGCCGAUCUCAUGAGUUUCCAUCAGAUUUACCAACAACAUCAAUCAUAAUUGUAUUUCAUAAUGAAGGAAAUUCGACUUUAUUACGCACAUUGACAAGUAUUGUAAUAAGAAGUCCCAUUGAAUAUAUACAAGAAAUUAUUAUGGUUGAUGAUGCUAGUGUUGAUCGAGAAUAUCUUAAAGACACAUUAGAACAAUUUGUAAAAGAAUUACCAGUUAAAGUUAUCAUUUUACGAAAUACAGAUCGGUUAGGUUUAAUGAAAUCUCGAUUAAAAGGUGCUGAAGUGGCUACAGGUGAGACAUUAACUUUUCUUGAUGCUCAUAUUGAAUGUUCACCGGGAUGGUUACAAUAUUUGUUAUACGAAGUCAAAAAAGAUAGAACCGCUGUUGUAUGCCCAAUUAUUGAUGUAAUCAAUGAUGAUGAUUUUGCUUACUUAACUGGUAGUGAUAUGACUUGGGGUGGUUUUAAUUGGCGAUUAAAUUUCCGUUGGUAUGCAGUACCGAAUCGAGAAGAAAUUCGUAGAAAUUAUGAUCAUUCAUUACCUCUGCUAUCUCCCACAAUGGCUGGUGGUUUAUUUACAAUAAAUCGAGAAUAUUUUUAUGAAAUUGGUGCUUAUGAUCCAGGCAUGGAAGUAUGGGGUGGUGAAAAUUUAGAAAUGUCAUUUCGCGUUUGGCAAUGGUGGAAAAGUUCUUAUUCAUCCUUCCAUGUUGGCCAUGUAUUUCGUAAACAAACUCCGUACACCUUUCCCGGCGGUACUGGAAAAGUUAUUUUUCAUAAUAAUAAACGUCUUGUAGAAGUAUGGCUUGACAAGUACAAAGAUUUCGUUUAUGCGAUCAUGCCUGAAUUGAAAAAUGUUGAUGCUGGCGACGUUUCCGAACGUCUCGCACUUCGUGAACGUCUUAAAUGUAAAGAUUUUCGUUGGUACUUACAAAAUAUUUAUCCUGAAAGUUCAAUGCCUGUGGACUUUCAUCACGUUGGAGUAUUAAAAAAUGAAGCUUACGGUUGUGCUGAUUCACUCGGUCUCGACAGUGAGAAUGGGAUCAAUCAUGAUGCAGGCAUUUUCCCUUGCCACAAUCAAGGCGGUAAUCAGAUUUUGGUUUAUUCGAAAAAUGGUGAACUACGUUUUGAUGAUCUAUGCAUGGAAGGCAGCAAAAAUAGUGCUGUUAAACUACAAAAAUGUUCAGAGGGCAAUCAAAAACAGUCAUGGGAUUAUAAUCAAGAAACAAAACAAAUGAAACAUGUUUAUUCUGGUCAAUGUAUCACUGUAGAUCAGAGUAAAGAUAACGGUAAAGUUGCUCUUGCUCCUUGUGACGAACAACAUAAUGCGAAUCAAAGAUGGCAUUUGGAACAAGCAAUAUUACAUUAG